CCUCCAGCCUCCGGCCUUAUCCUCUUCCUUCCUUCUUCCUCUCACGCCAUUACAGGGCUUCCCUUCCACGCCAUCACACUCAAACCGUCCCUCUCGGCAGAAGAACACGUCUGCUCCCACCGAAGCUCAAGAAGUCCUAACUCCGUCUUUCUGCGGCGGCCGGGCGCCAUGGAAGCUGUGCGCGGCAUCGAGUCCCUGGCUGGUGGAGAUGGCCGGCAUCAUGUUUCCCAUACCCUUGGGACGACCCUGCUGAUCUCGGUGGGGUACAUCGAUCUCGGCAAGUGGGUGGCCGCGGUUGAUUCCGGGGCUCGAUUUGGCUACGACCUCGUGAUACUGGUGCUGCUCUUCAACUUGUCCGCGGUUCUCAAUCAGUAUCUAUCCACUUGCAUCGGCAUGGUCACCGGCAAGAAUCUUGCACUGAUUUCCCGCCAGGAGUACAGCCAGUUCAUAUGUGUUGGCCUUGGUCUCCAGGCAGAGAUAUCUUUGUUUACUUCAGAACUAACCAUGAUUUUAGGCAUAGCAGUUGGAUACAAUCUUGUAUUUGAUCAGGAUGAUUUUAUGACAGCCAUUAUUUUUGCAUGUCUUGUAAUUAAUGUGCUGCCAUAUCUUUUCUCCCCUAGGGACAAGAGGAUGGCUGGAACGUUAAAUGCAUGCAUAUCUGGCUUUACGAUUCUUUGUUUUGUGCUUGGUUUAUUAAUCAGUCAACCAGAGAUUCCUCUCCAUGUGAAUGUGAUGUUCCCUAAGUUGAGUGGUGAAAGUGCUUACUCAUUGAUGGCACUUAUGGGUACAAACAUAGUGUCGCACAACCUUUAUGUUCAUUCGUCCAUUGUUCAGGUCCAGAGGUCUCAUGUUCAUAGCCUCGGUGCCCUGUUUCAUGACCACCUUUUUUCUAUAUUAUUUACUUUUACUGGGGUCUUUCUUGUGAACUAUGUUCUGUUGAGCUCAGCGGCGGCGGAAUCUAGUCACAAUGUGAUCCUCACAUUUCACGAUGCUGUAGAGCUAAUGAACGAGAUAUUUUCCAGUUCCAUUGCACCACUUGUGUUCUUAGCAGUUCUUCUCUUUUCGAGCCACAUCAUCACAUUGACAUCUGUUAUCGCUAGCCAUGUAGUCACUGAGCAUUUCUUUGGCACAAACAUGUCUCUAUUUGCGCAUCAUGUGCUACUUAAGCUUCUUGCCACGAUUCCUGCCAUCUAUUGUGCGAGAUUAGAAGGCUCUGAAGGGGUAUAUCAGUUAAUCAUUCUUUGUCCAGUAAUCCAGGCGUUUACCCUUCCUUCAUCUGUCAUUCCUGUUUUCCGCAUUGCCUCAUCAAUGUCAAUAAUGGGCAACUACAAGAUAUCUCUAUACGUUGAAACAUUAGCCUUUAUUGCAUUCUGUCUUAUGUUAUUUGUAAAUAUCAUCUUCGUGGCGGAAAUCCUGUUUGGUGAGAGCGCCUGGACAAACAACCUGAAAGGGAACACUGAAACCCCGGUGGUAAUUCCACAUAGUGUACUGAUCCUCAUGUCUUGUGCAUCUAUUGUGUUUGCACUCUUCCUGGCUAUUACUCCACUAAAUUCAUCAAGUAGGGAAACCGAAACACAGGAUUUGUGUGUGCACUCUCAGUGAAAAGCACCUGAAGAAAUUCAAAGGUCCUAAGACUCCUUAACGUCUGCCAACCUCGUGGAAUUAUAAACAACUGUGAGAAGGCUAUAGUUUGUAUGUGCGACGAGGUAGCUGGUGAAGAGAAAGCGAAUGUGGUUGCCUUUGUCUUGUUGGGCUAUAUGUCUUAGGCCCAUAGGCCCAUAGUAGUGUGUGUGUGUGUGUGUGUGUGUGUGUGUGUGUGUGUCCUUAUCUAUACCUCAAUACCACACUAUAUAGUGUGUAAAUAACUUUGAAUACCUACCAUUGGAUUAA